GUUUGUUGUGUCAUGUGACUAGACUAUGCAGAGGGGGAUGGACAGAAAAGUGGAUUAAAAACAUUGACAGAGAAAAGUCAAGGAAGACCAUGAAGAACAACAAACUGAAAGACGAGAUUACAAACCUGACUGGGAGACAGAAGACACGAACACCAACUGAACAACAUGAGAAACAAAAUGAUUCGACAAACACAUGAGGAAAAGGAGCACAAUAUAUACAGGAAAAGGAGCCCAAAGAGGAGACAGAGACAUCUUGUCCAGUCAUCCCAGGUGACCAAGUAUAUUUGAGGGUAUUCGGGAGAAAGUGGAAUGAGCCCAGGAGAGAGGGACACUACAAAGUGGUGACAGCUACUCCAACAGCAGUCCAAGUGGAAUGAAGCACCACCUGGUAUCAUCUAAACCACUGCACAAGAGUUCCCAGAGUAAGGAAGGAAAGAGAAGGAGAGAGACUUGAAACAGACGAUACGGAAAAAAGUGAGGAGAGACCAGAAACACAGGAUGAAAGAGAGCAGAAUGUCAAAAGCUCAGAAAGAGAUGCACAAACAGCUUAGCAAAGCAGAAAGAAUCAAGAGAGUGGAAAGAAUGAGUCCAAUAGCAUGUCUGAUGAUCAUCACAUAUCUACUGCAUCUGAUGCUACAAAAUCAAGCAACAAUCAAUACCACCCAAGCUUCUCUACUACAAGCCCAAGCUACAGCCAACACCACAACUCAAAAUUUCAACCAGACUUCCCUACAAUUGUUUUUUCAGGCCUUGGUCAGACCCAAUAACAACUCAAUAAUAACCCCAACAGAGCAAGAAUUGAAUUUUAAAAAAAAAAGAUAUCAAAACAACAUAGAAACAUUGAUAAUGAUAUCAAUAGUAAUGAGAAAAUUAACAAAUUAGAUAUUUUAUGGGAAACAGUGCAAAAUAAUGAAUGGUACGAAUGGGCAAUGUUUACAGCAAGAGAGACAGGUAUGGAAAAUUGCCUACUGUGUUCCAAAUCACCCUUAAACAAGGUAAUAGUAGUUCCAAAUCCACAUGACUAUCGAAAAUGUGCUGAAUUUAAUAGAAACUUUUGUCAUCUAAAAAAGCAUUUUAGACCCUAUUGCUCAGCUGAGUGUUUGGCUUUUUUGAGUAAUUCUAUCCUUAAGGAUCAAUUUAAUAAACCACAUAGGGGAGAUUGGUGUAGAUAUGGGGAUAUAAAAGAAAAUAUUAAAAUAAAAAAAGGAAAGGUAGAAAUCCAAAAAUGGUACGACAUAGAUUAUAGCCAAGAAUAUGAGUGCUAUAGUAAGCCUGUGGAGUGGUGGUGGCAUAAUGGACUAAAGCACAUAACUGGUAUCGAACUGCCGGUUCGAUCCCCACAGCCACCACCAUUGUGUCUUUGAGCAAGGCACUUAACUCCAGGUUGCUCCAGGGGGAUUGUCCCUGUAAUAAGUGCACUGUAAAUCGCUUUGGAUAAAAGCGUCUGCCAAAUGCAUAAAUGUAAAUGUAAAGCCUGAAGGAACUCAUGAUUUGGGAGAAUUCAAGGGACGAUGUGCUACUAUUUGGUACUUAGACAACACAAAUGCUUGGCAAUCAAAUGCACCUGUAAGAGCCCCAGUACUUCAAGCACAAGGAUUAAGAAAGGGAAUGAAAAUACAGUAUAUCCAGAAGAAUGUGAAAAUCAAACUAUAGCAUUACCAUCAAUAGAGUUAUAUGAAGAUCAGACAAUAGUGGUGGCAGACUUCUUUUGGGUCUGUGGAAAAGAACAACUUAUGGCCUCCUUACCACUAGGAUGGAAAGGGAUAUGUGUUAGAGUACGACUGAUUCAUGAAAUUACCAUGGCACAGUGGGAAUUAGGACAAUUCAUAAAGGAAGAUAGGAACAGAACUAAGAGAGCUUAUAAAACAGACCCUAAUGUGUUUAUAGACUCAAUUGGUCAACCCAGUGGUAUACCUAAUGAAUUUAAGGCUAGAGAUGAAGUCAAAGCAGAUUUUGAAUCAAUAUUCAUUUGGAUUAAACAAAAUAAAAACACAGAAUGGAUCAAUUAUAUUUACUGUAAUCAACAGAGAUUUAUUAAUUACACUGAUGAUGCUUUAACUGCAUUAGGACAACAAGUACAUGAAACAAGUAGAAAGACAUGGCAAAAUAGGCAGGCACUUAAUUGGUUAUUGGCAGACAAAUGGGGUGUAUGUGUUAUGUUUGGAGAUCAAUGCUGUACUUUUAUACCAAAUAAUACUGCUCCGGGAGGAACAUUUAGUGAAGUCAUGAUUAAAUUAAAAAACUUAAGAACCGAAGUUAAAGCAAAUGCUGGAAGAGAUAAUCAAAUGUGGGAUUGGUUUGAUCUAAAGUUAGGAGAAUGGGAAGCAUGGUUUGCUAAAUUGGGAAUGUUUUUGGGAAUUGCAAUAAUGAUAGGAGGGCUAUUGUUUUGUUGUGUACUUCCUUUAUUGAGAUCACUAAUUAUCAAAGCUAUGGUUAAGCAAAUGGAAAUGCUAAGAUGUCAAGAUAAUGGGAGAGUAAUAUUAGAGGGUAACCAAAGUGUAUAUUAUCAGGAUUGGCUUUAUAAACCAAAUUGGGAUUCACAAACAUUGGAUGAGGAUUCAAGUACCUCAAAUGAAGAUGAAGAAGAUGAAUAAAGAUGAGCCACACCCUGGGUGUAAGUGCUAGCCUAACCUCUCCCCAAAGGGUGACCCUCUACGAUGUGCAAAGUAUCUGGGUUGAAGAUAUCUACACUACAAAAAAUAACUCUUAAUAUUAUGAUGAAUAUUUGUUUUAUGUUUGAUAAUACUCUACAUAACUGUGACAACCACAGGCAAGGCUGAACCAAUUGCACACUCAUGUUUAUAACAUGCUUAUAUGUUUCAAUUAUUGAAUGAAAAUAUAAGAGAACAGAAUCUUUUACUCUGUUCUUAAUCAAAAUUGAAUGGAGAUGUUUGGUUCUGUAAUCUCCACCGGAGUGCGGUUGCAUAAUCUGGUCAUUGGUAAUGAAGCUGUGUGACUUAACUUAGUCACUAGAUAGCAUAACUGAGGCGACUGAAUUAUGAAACUGCACUCUGGGUAAAGACAGUGAAGGUGAGACUUAUGUAAGUCUCAGAGGGGAGGAUAAUGUAGAAUAUUUUUAUAAAGUUGAGGAUAAAUUAAUCAAGCACAAUCAAUGUUAAUAUAGCCAUUUUAUUCUAUAAUUGUUUCUGGUGGUCAAGCAUGUGACUUGCUGUGUCUGUGGAAUGUGGGGUCCCUCGCAUAUGGUAAACUGAGUCUCCUGUGUUAACGCUAAAGAAAAUAUGGUGAGGUCUCUCUACAGUGACACAUAUGGAAUAUAUUAGCCAUGCCUUAGGAGAUCAUAUGUAUAAAGGGGGACAAACCCAUUUUGCGGGAGUUGAUCUGCAGACUGACUCUGAUAAUCAAGUCUAUCUUAUGGCAUCAAAACCCCAAGACUUUGAGAGUGAUUCUUCACAAAGGCGACAGAAGCCACAACAAGAACUAUGGAUAUAUGUGCAUGUGUAAAGGGAUGUAUAUUUGUAUAUAAUAUGGAGACCCAGUUAUAUGCAUGUAUGUAUACUGUAUGUGGAUGUGUGUGUUUGUA